GUCAAACACGCGCAGACUUGUUUUUUUUUCCCAAUUUCACGCAAAUAGUUGCAGUAUGGAAGCUGAAGAGCAACGCUCAGCCAUGUCGGAUGUCCACAGAGAGCUGAAGGCUGCCUCCAUGGCUGCGGGUGACAUGGAAGCUGCAGAAGCUCUGAUCUCCAUGAAGAAGCCCUGGAAGUCUGGAAACGUCAAGUCGGGACACUUCAGGCCCCUGACUCCCUCCUCUGACUGCUCAGAGGAUGACUUGGUGGCCCCCUCCUCAGUUUUGCUACAAUACUCUCCUCUGUGCAUGACCCCACCACAUAGCCCACCCUACUUAGAGUCCACUUACCCUCCCUCACUGCAGAAAGUCCCACCUCCAGUAGUCCCAUCUGCACAGCAGCCCACUGCUGUUCCUCUGCAGAGAUUCCAGUGCACCAGCGUCAUCCGCCACACCGCCGAUGGACUGUGCUCCUUCGACAGAGUUAUCUGUACGGAAGAGGGACUUGCUUGUGUUCACACCGGAGAAUCCAGAAGAGAUCUGACCUCUCAAAAUGGACUAACUGAUAGAGACUUGAGUAAGAAAUUGGCUGAAUCCAGUCAGGCCCAGAUAUACAGCGAUGCUUUAAGUCUGAAUAAGAAGUCAAGGUUUCAGUCCAGUCAAGGAGGUGUGGCUCAGGGCCUUCCUGUACCGGUCUGCUGCCAGCUUCUUCCCAUAUCUUCUCCAUCUCCCAUGGCUGUGCAAAGUCCUUCCUCACCCUCCGGGAAACUGCAACCCCCCUCUGUCACCGCCACUGUGCACAGACCUCUACAAACACAGCACAAGCAAGAACACGCUGCGAUCCAACCGCAAACGGCCUCUCCUGCUCAGAUCUUCAUCGUCAACGGUCCGGUGGCGAAAGGCCCCGUGAUGGUUGUGAUCCCCCCGCCGUCGGUUCCUACGCUGUACGUCCAGCCAGCACACGUCACCUCCGGCGGCACCAGGUUAGCCGCCAUCGCUCCCGCGCCUCGUCGCGGUUCUGAGGAGCCGAGAAUCUCCCCGCCGAAGACGGAAGUGUGCCGUGUUCGCAGCCACGUUUGUCCUCAUGAGGACUGCAAAAAGACCUACUUCAAGAGCUCCCAUCUCAAGGCACACAUGAGAACCCAUACAGGUGAGAAACCUUUCAAAUGUAAGUGGGAGGGCUGCGAGAGGCGCUUCACCCGCUCAGACGAGCUGUCCCGCCACCGGCGAACGCACACGGGGGAGAAGAAGUUCGCCUGUCCCAUGUGCCUCAGCCGCUUCAUGCGCAGCGACCACCUGGCCAAGCACACCCGGCGACACCUGGCGGGGAGGAGGGCCAACUGCUGGAUGUUCGGGGUCAGCCCAGCCGCCAGCCUCACCGCCUUCACGGCCCUCACUCCCACAUCAGCCAGUUCACCAUGAGGGGGGAGAAAAUGGGGAAAAAAACUGUCUGGAGAAUCAUCUGUUCCUCCGAUUCUCAAAGAAAUGUGUCAAAUCACAAUUGUGUGAUACGCCAAUGCCGCAAUCGAUUGUAGACGGAAAUGAAAGUGUUACUGAAACUUGUUUUUUUUUUACUGUCACUGUAUCACUUUAAGCUGAGCAGUUACUCUGAUGUGUACAUCUCAUUCGGAAAGUCAGCUUCAUACUUUACCACAACUGUUUACUGUUCAGUGUUAGUCGACCAAAAGAGUUUUGAACAUUGUGCCACUUUUGUUACAUCUGAAAAUCUGUUUGUUUUGUAAAGUGUUUUGCACAAUUUGCUGUUUUCAUGCGGAGAACAGAAUUUUUUUUUUUUAUUAAACUUGAAAGUGGCUGCU